CGAGCGCGUGAUGGGAUCGCGCCGGCCAUUAUCCUUGCCGGGGCGACCAUGAAAGCCCGUCUGCCUGCGCCCCUGCUCCUGCUCCUGGCCUCCCUCUGGCGGGGGGCGCCGGGGACCAGUGAGCUGCGCUCCCCGCCCAGCAAGAUAGCUGUUAUCGGAGCUGGUAUUGGGGGCACCUCAGCAGCCUAUUUUCUACGCCAGACGUUUGGGAAAGACGUACAGAUUGAUGUGUUUGAGAAAGGAACGGUGGGGGGCCGUUUGGCUACUAUAAACGUGGAAGGAAAAGACUAUGAAGCAGGCGGGUCCAUCAUUCAUCCUCUUAACCUACAUAUGAAGCAUUUCGUGAAGGAGCUAGGACUUUCUGUUCCUGAGAACCAACAUGGCCUUCUGGGCAUUUACAAUGGAGAUGAAUUUGUGUUUGAGGAGAGUAGCUGGUACAUUAUCAAUAUUCUGAAACUUCUCUGGCAUUAUGGAUUCAAUCCUCUGCGAAUGAACAUGUGGGUGGAAGAUAUCUUGGACAAGUUUAUGAGGUAAUGAUGUAAAGCCUGAACUAAAUUAAUUCUCCUGCUGGAGUGAUUAAAAUCUGGUAGGUACUAUUUAUGAUAAUGAAUGCUGUGGAAACAUAAAGAAGUGGCAGUUCUUGACCCUCUUUCUGUUUCUCUUCUGUGAUCUUCUUGGGUCUUUUUUCCUACGAGCGUAUCUUGCAAUAUAGCUAGGGCAACCCAGGAUUCAUUCCUCAUGGCAGUGGGGUGAUCUCUACGAGUAGUUUUUGUUGCCUGCCCUUUUACUUUGCAAACUGUUCUAAUUAAAACAAGAUUACCUUUUAAACAGUGCUACUUUGUAGUAGUAAGCACAGACACAGCAAUCACCACUUGUACAUUGUACAAUGUAAACCAGACAAUAUAAUUUUGAGUGAAAGGAGUCAUCAGUACAGUUCGUGUCCAUCACACUGGCAUUUGGGUGCAUAAAACACAGAAACAGGCAUUAAUUUAUAACUGCCUGCAGUGAGCAAAAGUACCCACCCACCUGGAAAGAAGUCAGGAAACUUAUGAAAAGACCCCAGAGGGCUUUGUUUUAGAUGUGUUAGGCAAUGGUUUGGCUGGCAAGAUGAACCUUGUCCCUUGUUUCUGAAGGUUAAGAGAUUCUGAUGGUCCCAUUGAGAAUCCCUUGUCUCCAGUUCCCAAGAACGCCCCUCCAAGGACUAUCAGCACGAACACUACAGCUGAUCUCAGUUGUCAGGAGGGAGCAGUGGGACAGAAGACAGAAUCUAAAAUGGUCAGACCCCCU